AUGGCAUGCUGCUGUCCUGCUCCGUGUUUGAAAAACUGCUUCUCAUUUUCAGACAUAUCACCUGCUGAGUUUGAUGCCCUAUGGAGUGAGCCACCAUACACAUUACCUGGGGCCAGUGAGCUCUUUCCAGGAAAUGACAUCAUGACCACAGGGGAGGAGGAAGCGGAGGCAGAGGCGGAGGUGGAGGCUGACAGUGACUCGGGCAGUUACUGGAAGAGGAAGCAGGCUUUCUGCAGGAGCAGCACUGUAUCCUUAGCUGUAGGAGAGCGUUUCUCCUCAGAGGUGGUGCUGGUAUUUAGCGGGCGGCGGCGUUCCAGUGUAGAACCUGACAGUCACCUGCAGGAAGCACUUCGUACUAGACUGAGGGUGGUGGAGAGCAACAGUCAGGAUGUUAUCCAACUUUUCAAGGACCUGUCUGCACGGCUGGUAUCUGUUCAUGCCGAGAAGGACUGUUUUGUCAUCACCUUCAAGACAGUUGAAGAAAUUUGGAAAUUCUCAACCUAUCUUGCUUUAGGGUAUGUGGCAAGGUGUCUAGAGAACUUCCUCUGUGACCAGUCAUUUUGGCUGGACCCAGCGCUGCUGAGUGAUGUGGAGAUUUGUGUGACAGUGGAUGAGGAGCACUUGGCAACGCUUUACUUGGGACUUCUGUUACAAGAGGGUUCAUUCUUUGCCAAGGCUUUGUCCAAUAGUGAGUGCGCAGAGGAGGAAGAGGAGCUGUGCUAUAAGAAGAAUGACCUGGUUAUGGUGAAGGAUACUGGACAGGAGUCUGUCUGGGAAGGCACUCUACUGUCCACUGGACAGCAUGGUCUGGUACCUGUCCAUGCUAUGCAGCCUCUACCCUACCCCUUCUACCAAUGGUUUCUCAGGAAAUACCCAGGAAAUACUGGGGGGAUUCCAUCUGUAAAGGAUCUAUUUGAGCAUCCUGCAGCAACCGGCACCUGCAUAGCAACAGUGGACUACAACCCCGUAGGAAUGGAUGAAUUGCAGUUCAACCAAGGGGACGUUAUAGAGGUGGAAGGUUUUCUCCUCAGAGGUCUCAAUUUGUUCGUUGGCCGACACGUCUCCAGUGGUAAUGUGGGAUUUGUCCACAAAGCCCACAUGAAGCCUGAGAACAUCAAACCUCUCAGUGGACAAUUGGUCUUUCUGAGUGAGGAGGAGAGGGUGGCACUGUCCCAGUUUAACCCUUGCCAUGAGUGCUGUCACAGCGGCCUGCUGGACAAACUCUUCUCCUCUGAUAUCAGCACUGUUUACAGAUUAGAUAGGCUUGACAAAUCUGACUUCAUGUACAUCAGAAAUCAACCAAAAGCAGAACAGAAGACCACAGUGAGCGCCAGGCAGAGCAUGGCUUCAGAAAAGAGUGGGACACCCCCAUAUCAGUCUUCACCCCGACCUUCCUUCUAUGCCUCCCAAAGUUACCUGGACAGAGAAAAUGAGGUGCUUUCUUUCAGCUUGGAUGACACCUUCAAGGAGAUGGAUGAGUUUGAGGAGGACCCUCCUCUCUUCUUGGAGGAUGGCAGCUGGGAAGCCGAGGAAACGGAGAUAUGUGACCCCAUCCUUAUGCUCCUCAACUCUGAUCACUUUCAGGAGUCCUUUCACACAUUUUGCGACCUCUCCUACAGUUUCCUGGACACCCUGUUUGGUGGACUCUCAGAGGACGAGGUGCUUCAGCAUCUGGAGAAUGUGAGAGAGGGGGCAAAGAAAAGCAAAAUGCUCUGGGCCCACCGUCGAGCCUGCUUUCUCCUCGGCAGGCUGUGCGCCAAAAAGCUCAAGUACUCGCAGGCUCGAGUGUAUUUUGAAGAGGCCUUGAAGAUCCCUGUGCCGGGCUUUGAUGAUCUACCUCUUCUCAUUUCCCUCUAUACUAACCUCACAGGCAUUUACUUGAAGCAAAGGAUAAUGGACAAGUUGCCAUACACAUUGGACAAAGCUAGUGCUCUCAUACUGUGCCUUCCCUGUCAUAACUUCUGCUCUCUCGACGAGUUUGAGCUUCUCAAACCAAUACUUCGCAAAUCGGUUGUUGAAAAUGACAAAUAUUUAGAGGCUCGGACUUGUUACCUCAUCCUAAGUCUCUUUCUACAGGUCAGGAAGAUGGAGGAUGCUUUGCCCUUUGUGGAGAGGCUUCAAUUUCUCACCAUUACUCUCUCUGCAGAGGAGGGAAGGCCUAUGAGUCCUGUUGACCUUAACUGGAUGUUGUGCCGGCUCUAUCAUAAAAAGUAUCUGCCCUAUCUGGCACUUGCUGCUCUUAGUCUGGACUCGGGCCUAGACCAUUCUCUGGAUGAUGCUUUCCAAAAGAUUGAACUGUUCACCAAGAACUCAGUGAGACUAAAUCCACACUGGAGGGAUGGGACAUCUCUUCUUCCAGCACAGGUGGUGGUGUACCUCCAGCAGGCUCUCUCGAUAGCUAAUCGAGGGGAGGACUUGAAGACCCAGAGGGACCUAUGCUUGUGCCUGGCCAGUGUAUACCAGCAGCAUGGAGCUCUGGAGAAGGCAAUGCCCUAUGCCCAGCAGGCUGUGCAAAUGGGUAGCCAAAUCAAUGAGGAGGAGAGCUUUGAGGCUUCGGUGCUCCUAGCAUGGCUGCUUGUUCUGACUGAGGAGUCUGAGAAGGCCCGGACAACUCUACAACCCCUUCUCAGGUCCUUACAUGAAACAGACAGCCCCACACAGCGCGGUGUGGUCCAUAACCUCUUGGCUUUGAGCUUCCGCAAACAGGACAAGGUCACAGAAGCAGCUAAGAAUUUCCACUGUGCCCUUCAGAUCUCACAGGAGAAUGGUAACAAGCGCAACGAAGCAUUAGCUCUUGCUAACCUAGGUUGUUUGGCGCUGUCUGUUGGGGCUCCAGGCCUGGCUGAGUGCUUUCUGCUCAGGUCACUGAGGCUAUUCCAGCUGCUUUCUGAGAGUCCCACAGACGAGGAGCAUGUCCAGGCUCUACUGUGGCUUGGUAGGAGCUACAAGGACCGGGGAGGGAGCCAAGAAUUCAGGCUGUGCUGUGAGAUGGGCCUUCUGAUCGCCAUAAGUGCCAAGAACAUACACAGUCAAAUGGUUGUGGCGAAGGUGCUGAGUCGCCACUAUGCCGAUAUGCUUCUCUAUGGACAGAGUAUCAUAUACUAUGAGCACUGUGUAGCGCUGUCCAGAGAGCUCAAGGAUAAACGUUUAGAGGGAGAAUAUCUGGAGAUCCUCAGCAGCCUCUACCUCUCACUCAACACUGAAAAGUCUUCACGGAAGUCUUUGGACUAUACCAAACAAAGCCUAAGGAUCUCUAUUGACCUUGGGAAGAGACAGGAGGAGUCGGAGUCAUGGCUCCAGGUGGGCCGCAUCUACUAUCUGAUUCAUGAGGAUGAGCUGACUGACAUGUACCUCCAGGCGGCAGUAAAGACCGCGCUCAGGAUGAAUGAUCCACGCUUCGCAAUGAGCAUUUAUGAGGAGGCUGGAGAUGUGUUCUUCAAAGGACACAGGAACCGCUUGGCUGCCUUACCAUUUUACAUAGACGGGAGUUUGCCUUUUGCGAGGAGCAUUAAAGAUGUGCAUUCAGAGUUCAGGCUUUUAAGUAAACUCACUGAGCUGCUAAUGAAGGAGGGCCAGAACAAGGAAGCGUUGCAGUACGCCAUCCUGGCAGUGCAGAUCAGCACCGUCACUGGUGUACGCUUAAAUGAGAGAGUAGCGUUCCACCGCCUGGCUUGUGUGUAUUACUCUCUGGACCAGUAUGAGAUGGCAGAGAACUACUAUCUGAAGUCCCUUUCCCUCAGUCCUGUAUGCCUGGAACAUGCUAUUGAAGCUCGCUACUUUGUCGAAGUUUACUACAGACUGGGAGAUCUGACCCUGCACAAGCUAAAGGACGCUUUUGAUGCCAUUGGUUAUUUCCACCUGGCCCUGGCAGCAGCUCUGGAGGACAGAGAACGUCCUCAGGCCCUCUACAUCAUCUACAUGAAGCUGGCAGAGAUUCACUCCCACCACACGCCCGACGCUGAGCUGAGCCGAAGAUACCUGAACAGUGCGCAGAGCCUGAAAAGGGCGUUAGCAGGACAUGCUAACGGUGCUAACACAGACCAACCAGAUGCUGAGCACACGAAUACGGACGGUGAGGACGCGGCCCCUGAACACUUUGUCCACGCAGAUUCGGUCAACUCAGACACAGAUACAGACAAUGAUAAUCGCACGGAACCUGACUGUAUGGAAACCAGUGAAACGAGCGCUGACCACGGACAGUCAAACCAUAAGGAGAUUAUUCUUGAUGAUUGUGUCAAUAAGGAGCAUACACAGGCCCAGACAGAUGGGGACGACUGUGAGAUCACCGACCACGGCGUAACAGACAGCAAUGAUACAGACUGUUCAGAACCUGCAGAAACUGAUGCAGGUCCAGUAAAGACCUAA